AUGGGGAGCCCGUGCCGGCACCCCGACGCCGCCGGGGGCGCCCCCGCGGCCGAGGCGGUGGGGGUGCUGGAGUGGGUGGCGGCCGUGGGGUUGGGCGCUGCGGUCGCACGCGUGUGGAUCUUCGAGCGUGUCGCCGGUUCCUGGGCGGCUUUCGACCUCGGGAUGCGCUCGCCGGGGGCCGAGAAGUCCGCGGUGGAGGGCCAGGCCGUCCGCUGCCAGGACGCGAGUGGGCACGAUUCGCCCGGGCGCCAGAGGAUCGUCGAGUCGGAGCGGGGCCACGGGUUCGAGGAGAAGCUGAACCUGGCCGAGCGCCUGGUGUCUGGCCUAGCCGAGGAGAAGGAGCGCUGGACCCGGUCGGUCGGGGCCCUGCAGGACCUCCAGCUGAAGCUGAUUGGCAAUUGUCUGAUCUCCUCCGCGUUCGUGGGCUACAUCUCGCCGUUCUCGGCGGUCUUCCGGGAGGACCUCUGGAAGAACUCGUGGACCAAG